GCCCCCCACAAUGCAUUGCGUUGUCAAGAUGGCGCCCCACGUAGUCGCUUGACAUUUGUCAACAACACCAAAGCGCAACUAAACGUAAAUUGGACUGUGUAGCGAGGCUGGCCGCUAAUAUUUCAGACAGGAGGAUGAAACUGUUGCUGUCAGUGUUAAAAAGAACCCGUAAAGCAGCAGUUUGCGCCAGUCGCCAGCGCUGUCUGAGCUCCUGUGCCCGUGGCGGCCUGAUACUUCUCCGAGAUGAGGCUCUCAUCGUCGGGUCAAGCCCGGAGCUCGUGCAGAGACUCUGCUCACAGGUGGAGGUGAGGACGGGCUUCAUCACCGAGGAGGAGGAGGGGGCCCUUCUUCGAGAGCUGGAGCCAGGCCUGAAGAAGAAACGCUACGAAUUCGACCAUUGGGACGAUGCUAUUCACGGUUACCGAGAGACUGAGCGUGUGAGGUGGGAGGCGGCGUGUGAGGAGGUCUUGAAUCGCGUCCGAUCUGUAGCAUUUCCUGCGGGUAGUCCACUCCUCGGGCCCGUGCACAUUCUAGAUCUGGACAAGACUGGAUACAUCAAAGCACACGUUGACAGUGUUAAGUUCUGUGGUAACACCAUUGCUGGGUUGAGUCUUCUGUCGGACAGUAUCAUGCGCUUGGUGAAGCAGGAUGCCGCCAGUGAAUGGCUGGACCUGCUGCUGCCCAGGCGCUCCCUCUACAUACUGAGGGACGAGGCCAGAUAUAACUUCACCCAUGAGAUCCUGAAAGAUGAGGAAUCUGUGUUCAAUGGACAGAGAGUCCCUCGGCUACGUCGUAUCUCCGUCAUCUGUCGGAACGUUCCGGGCUAACACCCACUUUGGCCCAUAGUAACAGACCAUAACCUGAAUUUAGAGGAUAAUGUCUGUGAUCUCCAUGUUAAAGCUGAAAUAUUGGUUGAUAUACAUCUAUGGUGAGAUUUGGUGCAGUUGAGACACUCUUUAUAAUGUGAUUUUGAAUAGCUGAUUGAAAUAAACAGCAGGUUAUUACACAACCUCCCACAACAACUGCACCACUCCACCCUGCUGGGAAGGAUGUGAGCUUUAAAUGUAUAAAGUGAUUCUGAAUCAUGUUUGGUGUGUUCGUCUACUUCUGUAUAGUACAGAGACUCUUUGUGAAUAAUUUCCAGAUAACAUCAAAGUGAACAAGGAUGCAAUAAAGAUUGUUCUUGGUUUAACAUA